AUUCAAUGCAUUGCAGCUUGAUCUUUCAUCAUCGUCAGUCUAUAUGCGCGCUAAUCCUGCUGCUGUUGCUGCUGAUGCCUUCUACUGUCCACAUGAAGGUCUGUUUCCCGAUGACUAUGACUGCCGCAUCUACUAUCGCUGUGAGCUGCGCACCAGCUACUAUAUCAAGCCCUAUAUGUUUGCUUGCCGAGAGGGCACAGUUUUCUCGCCAUCGCUGCAAUUGUGUAUGCCACCCAUGUUGGCUGGACGUCCGGAAUGUGCACACCACAUGAACGAAAUUGAUAGCAGCGCCGAGGCUGACAGUCAAUUGCCAGAUGAGGGGUUACAACAUAACAGAAAUAUCGCUAGCGCCUGGCAGCAGGCAGCCAAUAGACUGCGCACCUAUGCCAGUACUAAUCAUUUGCCCGCCAAUUAUGGCAUGACAGGCAUGAAAGGCGUUUCAGUCAUUUCGUUUACGAGCUCAUCAUCAUUACGCUCAGCGGACGCGGAGCUGGCGGGAGUUGCAUGUGCGGGUGAUGGCUUUAUGAGCGAUCCAGCUGAUUGUACAGUCUUCUAUCGUUGCAUCUCCAAUGGCCGUGGCUAUAAUAGAAUUGGUUUUCGCUGUUCCGAUGGCACUGCUUGGGAUGAAUCACUCCAAUCUUGCAAUCAUAUGCUUGAUGUUCGUGCAAAUGGCGGCUGUCGCAAUCAGCCGGCGCCUCUAAGCGAUAACGUUGAUCAAACCUCAACGCAGUCUUCGCAAACGAGCCAUCAGAACUCCACAUCCGCUUCAUCCAGUAGUCAGCAAAGCUCCUCCUCAAACUCAUCCUCGUCGAGCUCCACAAGUUCGUCUACAUCUAGCAGCAGCAGCUCCAAUCAUGAGUCUUCUACUUCAAGCAACAAUCAACAGUCCAAUAGUCAAUCUACGAGCAGCACAGAAAGCUCAAGCAGCGGCAAUCAGCAAUCGAAUUCAUCGCAGGGAAGUCAAAACUCUAGCAGCAAUCAAUCUGCGAACAACAAUCAAAGCAGUCAGUCUUCCUCUUCAAGCGGCAAUCAAGGUUCCAGCAACAAUCAAAAUCAAGGCUCCAGCUCAAGCAGCAACCAGAACUCUAGCAAUCAAAGCUCAAGCAACAAUCAAAACCAAGGCUCAAGCAACAAUCAAAAUCAAGGCUCCAGCUCAAGCUCAAACAGCAAUCAAAGCUCAAACAACAAUCAAAACCAAGGCUCCAGCUCAAGCUCAAACAGCAAUCAAAGCUCAAACAGCAAUCAAAACCAAGGCUCCAGCUCAAGCUCAAACAACAAUCAGAAUGCCAGCAAUCAAAGCUCAAACAGCAAUCAGACUGAAAGUGCCAGUAAUCAAAGCUCCAACAGCAACCAAAAUCAAAACUCUGGUAGCAACCAGAGCUCUUCGAGCAAUCAAUCUGCCAGCGGCUCCAAUAACCAAUCACAGCAGAAUCAUAAUGCCACAAGCUCAAGCGAAUGUGAAACAGAGAAUACCUACAUACCAGAAAGCAGUGAUUGCGCCAAGUUUUAUAGAUGUCGCUUGAAUGAUGAUGGGGUUUUGGAGAAAGUACAAUUUACUUGUGGUCCAGGAACUAUAUGGAGUCAAGAAGAAAUAGUUUGUGUACAGCCCAAUGAUGAUCAAAAGAAGCAAUGUAAUAUGCAAUCAAGCUCAAAUAAUAGCACUAGCAGUUCAAACAAUCAAAGCAAUAACAGCAGCUCAAAUCAAGAGUCCGGUAAUCAAUCAAGCAAUCAAUCUAAUAACUCUAGCUCCAAUCAAUCAAGCAACCAGUCGAGCAGCUCCAGCUCUAAUUCUAACAACAAUCAAACCAGUUCAAGCCAGCAAGAGUCCUCCAAUUCAAACAAUAACCAAAGCUCCUCUUCCAAUCAGUCGUCCAGCAAUCAAAACUCAACAUCCACGUCAACUACCACUCAAAAGCCUUCGAACCCUGAUGGAGAAUGUGAAAGCAGCGAAACAUAUUUGCCAGACAAAGUGGAUUGUGCUCGCUUCUAUCGCUGUGUUGAUAAUGAUAAGGGCGGCUUUGAUAAGAUCGCAUUUGAUUGCGCACCGGGUACCGUUUGGGAUCCUGACUCCAAGGGCUGCAAUCAUCCAACUGAUGUUCAAAAAGACCAAUGCAAGGCAAUGGCUAAUGGAAAUCAAGGCUCAUCGUCUAACCAGGCCUCUUCCUCAAACGGAAGUUCAUCAUCUAAUCAAGGCUCAUCAUCAAGCCAAGGAUCGUCCUCCAAUCAAGGGUCAUCUUCAAACCAGGGAUCAUCUUCGAAUCAAAGCUCAUCAUCUACUCAAGGAUCAUCAUCUAAUCAAAGCUCUUCUUCUAAUCAAGGCUCAUCAUCCAAUCAAGGCUCAGCAUCCAACCAGGGCUCUUCCUCAAGCGAAAGUUCUUCAUCUAAUCAAGGCUCAUCAUCAAACCAAGGAUCAUCCUCUAAUCAAGGAUCAUCAUCAAACCAAGGAUCAUCUUCUAAUCAAAGCUCGUCCUCAAACCAAGGAUCCUCUUCAAAUCAAAGCUCAUCCUCUAACCAGGGCUCUUCAUCUAAUCAGGGAUCUUCCUCUAAUGAAAACUCUUCAUCUAAUCAGAGCUCAUCAUCAAAUCAAGGUUCGUCCUCCAAUCAAGGAUCAUCUUCAAACCAAGGAUCAACCUCUAAUCAAGGCUCAUCAUCUAAUGAAGGCUCAUCAUCCAACCAAGGGUCAUCCUCUAAUCAAGAAUCAUCCUCUAAUCAAAGCUCAUCAUCAAAUCAAGGAUCGUCGUCCAAUCAAGGGUCAUCUUCAAACCAAGGAUCAUCUUCUAAUGAAGGUUCAUCCUCAAACCAAGAGUCGUCCUCCAAUCAAGGGUCUUCAUCAAAUCAAGGAUCCUCUUCUAAUCAAAGCUCGUCCUCAAACCAAGGAUCCUCUUCAAAUCAAGGUUCAUCAUCUAAUCAAGGCUCUUCAUCUAAUCAAGGAUCAUCCUCAAAUCAAAGCUCUUCAUCCAAUCAAUCAUCGUCUUCCAAUCAAGGUUCUUCGUCCUCUAACCAAGGAUCCUCUUCUAGCAAUCAAACAACUUCAUCAACAACUCAAAAGCCGUUUAAGCCAGCGGAGAAAUGUGAAAGCGAAGAUACUUUCUUGGCUGACAAUGAAAAUUGCUCAAAAUUCUAUAGAUGUGUUGACAAUGGCAAAGGUGGAUUUAUGAAAGUUUCAUUUACUUGUCCGCCAAAAACAAUUUGGCAUCCAGAGGCCAACAGCUGCGAUCAUCCCGAAGAAAUUGAUAUGAAUAAACUAAAGUGUAAACAGGGCAAUGGACAACAAACUGGUGGCUCCUCAACAAGCACCAGCUCAUCUUCGAAUAGCACCUCAAGUACAAGCAGUAGCAGCAGCAAUAAUAACAAUCAAUCCUCAUCAUCAAAUAGCACUACAACUCAGGAAUCAAGUUCUUCUAGUACCUCUACAACGACUACAACAAGUUCGACCAGCUCUGCAUCUGAAGAUUGUACGGUAAAUGGACAAUUUGUAGGGGAUAAGAACGAUUGCGCCAAGUUCUAUCGUUGCGUAGAUAAUGAUAGAGGAGGCUUUAGUAAGGUGUCAUUUAGCUGCGGUCCUGGCACCGUUUGGGAUGGGGAGCUGCAAGCCUGUAAUCAUGCCUGGGCCGUUAAAGACAAAAGCUGUGGCAACAGCAUGACCACACAGCGCCCAGCAAGCGCCAGUACGACAACAAGUCAAGGUUCAACCCAAAGUGGCUUUCCAUCAUCAACCACAAUGCGACCAUCCACAAUAAAACCUACCACACAGACUCAGAUUUCCACCACUCCGUCCAAUGUUAUCAAUAUGUGCAAAGCUGAAGGCUUUAUUGGUGAUCCUCAGAACUGUGCAAAGUUUUAUCGUUGCAUUGAUAAUGGUAAAGGUGGCUUCAGUCAAAUUCCUUUCCAUUGCGGAGCCGGCACGGUGUGGGAUCAAGAUUUGCAAACGUGCAAUCAUGAUUUGAAUAUGUGCAAUCCAAGCACAACUGAAAACAAUGGGGGCUUCAGCACUACAGAGUCUGGAAAGGUUCCCUGUGAUAAUACAACUGCGAAGCCCACAGAGAGCACUACAAUGCCUAGCACGACCAUAGCUACAACUACAACAAUGCGGCCAACUGAAACAACAAUGUGGACUACUACAACUGAUAAUUCGUUUCCAACUACAACUAUAAUGCCAGAUUCUAGUACAACAAUGAAGCCAAUAGAAACAACUACAUCAGAAACUACAACGGAUAAUUCGUUCCCAACUACAACUAUGAUGCCAACUUCAUCAACAACAAAAGUUCCCAAUCUAGAUCCGGGAACCGAAUGUACUGGAGAAGGUUUCAUGCCAGAUCCUAACAACUGCCGCAAAUUCUAUCGCUGUCAAAGAAAUAAAGAUGGUAGCACAUUCUCUAAGCAUGAAUUCAUGUGCGCUAAAAAUACGGCUUGGAAUGCUGAUUUACAGACUUGUGACCAUGCGGAGAAUGUGUCUGGAUGCGCGGGUCAGACUACAGAAGAGCCAACAAAGCCGACCACUGAAUAUCCAACAAAGCCGACUACUGAAUACCCCACAAAGCCGACUACCGAAUACCCCACAAAGCCGACUACUGAAUAUCCAACAAAGCCGACUACCGAAUACCCAACUAAACCAACUACUGAAUAUCCAACUAAACCAACUACUGAAUACCCAACAAAGCCGACUACUGAGUAUCCAACAAAACCGACAACUGAAUACCCAACUAAACCAACUACUGAGUAUCCAACAAAGCCGACUACUGAAUAUCCAACAAAACCGACUACUGAAUAUCCAACAAAACCGACUACUGAAUAUCCAACAAAGCCGACUACUGAAUAUCCCACAAAACCGACUACCGAAUACCCAAACAAACCAACUACUGAAUAUCCAACAAAGCCGACCACUGAAUACCCAACUAAGCCGACUACUGACUAUCCAACAAAGCCGACUACCGAAUCUUAUACAGAAACUGCCACAGGCACGACUGGCUUCACCACAUCAGCGCCAGGUUACACGCCCACAACACUUGCCACAGAAACGACAACUGAAGAAAUAAUGAGCACCACUAUGCAGCCGCAAAUCAAUUUCACAUGCCCAUCUGAGGGCUUCCAUGCUGAUCCAAAGAACUGCAGCAUUUACUAUCGCUGCACACCCAAUGGCAACAGCUAUCAAGUUUACCAAUUCAAGUGCCCGCGUGGCACAGUCUGGGACUCAUCGGUGGAGACAUGCAACCAUGCUGAUCAAGUUUCGGGUAACUGCUCCUCGGGCGCCAUUACUUCAACAACACCAAGCGGUACUACAAUGGAAACAACAAGCAAUGGACGACCUAUAGAAACUACAACGAUUUUGCCAAACUCCACUGAAAGUCCAGCCGAAACAACAACCAAUUUGCCAAAUUCCACUGAACGUCCAGCCGAGACAACAACUAACUUUCCAAGUUCCAGUGAACGUCCAGCCGAAACAACAACCAACUUGCCGAACUCCAGUGAACGUCCAGCCGAGACAACAACUGACAUGCCUGUAACAACUCAAAAUCCAAUAGAAACCACAACAAAUAUAAUCGAGACAACAACCACGACUCAACCAAAACCUACCGAAAAGCCAGCAGGCAAUAGUAGCGCGCCCUGUCCUGAAACUACAGAAGAGCAAAGCCUCUUUGUGUGUCCCUCAGGCUUCCGCAGACACGCUAAACAAUGCGGAGUAUUCUAUCAAUGCAUGGAGAAUGAGAAGUCAAAUCUAAACAUUGUAUUGUUCCAAUGUCCCAAUGGCACUGUGUACGACGAAUCAGCUUGUCGUUGUGCCAAGCCUGCGCCAAACGAUACUUGCAACAACAAGGAUACCUCGCGUGCACAUUUGUACGAUGAGGACGUAAAGCAUAAUAAUAUGGUGCAAAUACGUUCGACAACAACACUAUGCCCGGAGGUGGGACACUUUGCUUUGAACAAUGAUGAAUGCAGCCAGGUGUUUGUCAAGUGUGGUUAUGCGCAGCAAACUGGACGCAUGGAAGGCCAAAUCUAUCGCUGCCCACAAGGUUUUACCUACUGGAAUGUGAGUCGCCGCUGUGAGCCUGGUAAAAAACUAGCAAGCUGCACUGCAGCCACAUAUAAUGUGGGAGAUAAUGUGCCACUGGAGUGGAUCAACUUGGGCCAUAGACGUCGCAAUCUACGUAUUUAAAGAGCAUUUAGUUAGUUUAAGUUUAAAGCCAAGGCAAUUGUUUGCUGCGCAGGAUUACGUCUGCGCUUGCCUGCGCAACAAAUGAUGAGCCUAAAAUAAGACUAGCUUACGUAUUAGAGCAAUUACAUUAACUUAAG